CCCUCGGCCCUCCCUCACUAUUUCCACCACCACCACUGCCGCCGCCACCUUUCAUUUCACUUACAAAAAUUUCACCCAAUCGUUUUCUUUAAUUAAUUACUAUGCUAAACUAAAUAAAACACACACCACGUACCAAAACAAAAACAUACCCACCUUUCAUUUCAUCCCUCAACUUCUCCAUUUUUAUAGGCAAAUCAUAAUAAUGACCCCCCAAAAAUCCAAACCCACAAACCAGGCCUGUGCGGCAUGUCGAUACCAACGUCGAAAAUGCACCCCAGACUGCCUUUUCAGACCUUAUUUCCCUCCCAACCACCAACAGCAAUUCCAAAACGUACACAAAUUAUUUGGUGUAAGCAACAUUACCAAGAUUAUCAAGAAUCUUGAUGAUGAUGAUCGCCACAAAGAUAACGCAAUGAAGAGCCUUAUUUACCAAGCCGAUGCCCGUGCUCAAUACCCGGUUGAGGGAUGUUGCAAGAUCAUCCGUCAACUUCAUCACCACUAUGAAACUGCUUCUGCUGAGCUUCAAUUUGUUUUGAGGGAACUGGCAUUAUGUCGAACAUUUGGUGUGCAGAAAUACAACAAGCAGUUUGAUAAUAUUACUAGUAGUUUUUUUGAUAAUAAUGCGAGUUUUGAUUGUGAUCUGGUUGAUUUUGAUGAGGUUGGUUGUGAUGAUGUUUUGGUGCAAAAUGAUGUUACCAAAUAUGAAUCAAGUGAGGAGAAUGUAUAUGAUGAAGAAAAUGAAAAGGAUGUGAUGAAAGUGGAAAAUGCGUACUACAAUGAAGAAGAAGAAGAAGAGUAUGAUGAUGAUGAUGAUGAUGUUAAUUUGGAUACAUUUCAAGAUGGUAAAGCAAUUUAG